AUGAAGCAUUCGCCUGCCGCUUUCCCGACAAAGGGCCCCAUUCAAGCAUCUUAUCCAAGAGAUUGGAACAAGCUUCAAACGGCAUGGGAAGAAGCCUUCAGAGCCUUGGGGUAUUUCCAUACUAGUUAUGGGACAGACGGCCAAGGCAUUGGGGGCACAACAACCACAAAUGCGAUCGACAGCAGAAAUGGAAAAGGCGAGAGAAGUCAUGCCGGGAAGGCCUAUUUGCAAAAAGCUCGUGGACGCGAUAACCUCACGAUAGUGACAGAGGCGCGCGUAAGAAAGGUCAGUUUUGAGCAUACCAAUGGUACUCACAAUAAGCUGCGCGCAACAAGUGUGUUGUAUGAGAAAGAUGGCCAAUCAGUCGCUGCUGGCGCUAGGCGAGAAGUCGUGCUUUGCGCCGGAGUAUUUGGAAGCCCUCAACUUCUUGAAGUAUCUGGUAUCGGAAAUCAGAAUGUUCUUGUGAAGGCGGGUGUUGAAUGCUUGUUUCAUCUUCCGAGCGUAGGAGAAAAUCUUCAAGAUCAUUUCAACUUUGGCCCUUCUAUUGAAGUUGAAUCGAGUCUCGAUAUAAUCGAUGGCCUAGCCAGUGACCGAGCAAGGGCAAACGCCGCCCAGACGGAAUACAACAGCCACCGUACAGGAGUACUGUCUGAAGGGACUGCUUACAGCUAUGCCUAUUGGCCGCUUCAGCUAUUCGAGACUCCUUCAGAGAGAGUUGCCCUGGAAGAUUUGGUCGAAAAAUGCUCUCCGGACUUGGCGCCUUUGUUGAAGCUACAGUUCGAUUUCAACAGAAGAAUGCUCCAGCAUCCACGUGAAGCCAGCGCGACCGUGGCGUUGCUUCCGGCGCGGCGCUAUGUACGACCUGACGAUUCCGCGGCAGGCAAAUACAUGACAGUCUUGGCAAUGCUAGCUCAUCCAUUCAGCAGAGGAUCUUCGCAUAUCAUUAGCCAAGAUCCAGCUGAUCACCCUACCAUUGAUAUGAACUAUUUGUCUCACCCACUUGACCUUGAGGUUUUGGCGAGGCAUGUCAUUCACAUUGAACGGUUUCUUGACAAUCCGCAAUUCUCGCAGAUAAUGCAGCCCAGCGGCCGAUGGUUUCCCGACGGCAUCGACCCUGCACAGCGCUCGCAGCAGGACCUGGAGCAGCUCAUCAGGAAGCAUGGUGCGACCAACUAUCACCCGUGUGGAACCUGCGUAAUGGCAAGCGCGGAUCUUGAUGGAGUGGUCGAUGCAGAAUUAUUUGUUCGAGGUGUGGAGAACUUGCGAGUUUGCGAUGCGAGCAUUUUUCCUAUCAUUCCUCGGGGAAAUAUUCUCAGCACUGUCUACGCUGUAGCCGAGAAGGGUGCAGAGACGAUCGGCGAUAGAUACAAGUAG